GUGUGGCUUGGCAGUGAAUGAGUCGAUGAGUCAGUCUUGCAUUCAACCUCACUCCUUCAAGGGAAAUGUGGGGCUCUGACAUGCUUGAUAAUGUGGGGAAGCCUUGUCACCGCAUUCCUCGUGAUUCGGGAUGUGUGUUGCUUGGCAGUGUACCAUGACUCCUUCUUGCGUUCAACCCCACUCCUUCAAGGGAAAUGUGGGGCUCUGAUAUGCUUGAUAAUGCGAGGCAGCCAAGUGACUCCAUGCCCGGUGAUUCGGGUUGUGUGUUGCUUGGCAUUGAACGAGUCGACGAGUCAGUCAUGCAUUCAACCUCACUCCUUCAAGGGAAGUGUGGGGCCGUAUAUGCUUGACAAAGGGGGGAAGCCUUGUAACUCCAUACCUGAUGAUUCGGGAUGUGUGUUGCUUGGCAGUGAACGAGUUGAUGAGUCAGUCUUGCAUUCAACCCCACUCCUUCAAGGGAAGUGUGGGGCUCUGAUAUGCUUGAUAAUGUGGGGUAGCCUUGUCACCCAUUACCUGGUGAUUCGGGAUGUGUGUUGCUUGGCAGUGUACGAUGACUCCUUCUUGCGUUCAACCCCACUCCUUCAAGGGAAGUGUGGGGCUCUGAUAUGCUGGAUAAUGCGGGGCAGCCAAGUGACUCCAUACCCGGUGAUUCGGGAUGUGUGUUGCUUGGCAGUGAACGAGUCGAUGAGUCAGUCUUGCAUUCGACCUCACUCCUUCAAGGGAAGUGUGGGGCUCUGAUAUGCUUGAUAAUGUGGGGUAGCCUUGUCACCCAUUACCUGGUGAUUCGGGAUGUGUGUUGCUUGGCAGUGUACGAUGACUCCUUCUUGCGUUCAACCCCACUCCUUCAAGAGAAGUGUGGGGCUCUGAUAUGCUUGAUAAUGCGGGGCAGCCAAGUGACUCCAUGCCCGGUGAUUCGGGAUGUGUGUUGCUUGGCAGUGAACGAGUCGAAGAGUCAGUCUUGCAUUCAACCUCGCUCCUUCAAGGGAAGUGUGGGGCUCUGAUAUGCUUGAUAAUGUGGGGCAGUCAAGUGACUUCAUACCUGGUGAUUCGGGAUGUGUGUUGCUUGGCAGUGUACGAUGACUCCUUCUUGCGUUCAACCCCACUCCUUCAAGGGAAGUGUGGGGCUCUGAUAUGCUUGAUAAUGCGAGGCAGCCAAGUGACUCCAUGCCCGGUGAUUCGGGUUGUGUGUUGCUUGGCAUUGAACGAGUCGAUGAGUCAGUCAUGCAUUCAACCUCACUCCUUCAAGGGAAGUGUGGGGCCUGAUAUGCUUGACAAAGUGGGGAAGCCUUGUAACUCCAUACCUGGUGAUUCGGGGAUGUGUGCUGCUUGUCAGUGAACGAUGAGUCAUUCUAGCGUUCAACCUCACUCCUUCAAGGGAAGUGUGGGGCUCUGAUAUGCUUGAUAAUGCGGGGCAGCCAAGUGACUCCAUGCCUGGUAAUUCGGGAUGUGCGUUGCCUGGCAGUGAACGAGUCGAAGAGUCAGUCUUGCAUUCAACCUCACUCCUUCAGGGGAGGUGUGCGGCUCUGAUAUGCUUGAUAAUGUGGGGUAGCCUUGUCACGCAUCACCUGGUGAUUCGGGAUGUGUGUUGCUUGCCAGUGGACGAUGAGUCCUUCUUUCGUCCAACCUCACUCCUUCAAGGGAAGUGUCGGGCUCCGACAUGCUUGAUAAUGCGGGUCAACCAAGUUACUCCAUGACUGGUGAUUCGGGUUGUGUGUUGCUUAGCAUUGAACGAGUCGAUAAGUCAGUCUUGCAUUCAACCUCACUCGUUCAAGGGAAGUGUGGGGCCUUUGUAAUGCUUGACAAUGCGGGGAUGCCUUGUCACUCCUUACCUAGUCAUUCGGGAUGUGUGUUGCAUGGCAGUGAAGGGGUCGAUGAGUCCUUCUUGCGUUCAACCUCACUCCUUCAAGGGAAGUGUGGGGCCCUGAUGUGUUUGACAAUGUGGGGCAGCCUUGUAACUCCAUACCUGGUGAUUUGGAUGUGUGUUGUGAACGAUGAGUCAUUCUUACGUUCAACCUCACUCCUUCAAUGAAAGGGUGGGGCUUCUAUAUGCAUGAUAAUGCGGGGAAGCCAAAUGACUCCAUGCCCGGUGAUUCAGGAUGUGUGUUGCUUGGCAGUGAACGUGUCGAGGAGUCAAACUUACACUCAACCUCAUUCCUUCAAGGGAAGUGUGGGGCCCUGAUAUGCUUGACAAUGUGAGGAAGCCUUGUAACUCCAUACCUGGUAAUUCGGGAUGUGUGUUGUUUGGCAGUGAACGAUGAGUCAUUCUUGCAUUCUACCCCACUCCUUCAAGGGAAGUGUGGGGCUCUGAUAUGCUUGAUAAUGCUGGGCAGCCAAGGGACUCCAUGACCGGUGAUUCAGGUUGUGUGUUGCUUGGCAUUGAACGAUUCGAUGAGUCAGUCCUGCAUUAAACCUCACUCCUUCAAGGGAAGUGUAGGGCCCUGAUAUGCUUGACAAUCCGGGAAAGCCUUGUAACUCCAUACCUCGUGAUUCGGGACAUGUGUUGUCUGGCAGUGAACGUUGUGUCAUUCCAGCGUUCAACCUCACUCCUUCAAGGGAAGUAUGGGGCUCUGAUAUGCAUGAUAAUGUGGGGCAGCUAAAUGACUCCAUGCAUGGUAAUUCGGGAUGUGCGUUGCUAGGCAGUAAACGAGUCGAAGAGUCAGUUUUGCAUUCAACCUCACUCCUUCAAGGGAAGUGUGGGGCUCUGAUAUGCUUGAUAUUGUGGGAAUGCCUUGAAACUUGUAACUUGUAACUCCAUACCUGGUGAUUUCGGAUGUACGUUGCCUGUCAGUGACCGAUGAGUCACUAAACAACCUCAAUCCUUCAUGGGAAGUGUUGGGCUCUGAUAUGCUUGAUAAUGCGGGGCAGCCAAGUGACUUCAUGCCCGGCAAUUCGGGAUGUGCGUUGCUUGGCAGUGAACGAGUCAAAGAGUCAGUCUUGCAUUCAACCUCACUCCUUCAAGGGAAGUGUGGGGCUCUGAUAUGCUUGAUAAUGUGGGGCAGCCAAGUGACUCCAUGACCGGUGAUUCGGGUUGUGUGUUGCUUGGCAGUGAACGAGUCUAUGAGUCGGUCUUACAUCAAAUAUCUGGCGACACUUUGUCUAAAUAGGCAAACCACUUAGGGUCCAGCAAUUCGAUUGUGGAGUCUGAUCCUCUGUCUGCCUGUCUCUCCCUCUCUCAUUGUCUCUCUCUCUCUUUCCCUGUCUCUCCCUUUCUGUCUCUCUUUGUCUGUCUGUCUCUCUCUCUCCCCCCUCUCUCUGUCUCUCUCACUCUCUCUCACUUUCUCUGUCUUUCUCUCUCUCUCUCUCUCUCUCUCUCUCUCUCUCUCUCUCUCUCUCUCUCUCUCUCUCUAUCUAUCUGUCUAUCUAUCUAUCUCUUCUACGACGUCAUCGAGGUCUGCUGCGGCGUCAUCAAGGUCUCCUACAGCAUCAUCUUGAUCUGCUGCAUCAUCAUCGAGGUCUGCUACAGCGUCAUGGAGGUCGGCUACAGCGUCAUGGAGGUCUGCUAAAGCGUCAUGGAGUCCUGCUACAGCGUCAAGGAGAUCUGCUACAGCGUCAUGGGGGUCUGCUACAGCGUCAUGGAGGUCUGCUACAGCGUCAUCCAGGUCUGCUACAGCAUCAUCGAGGUCUGCUACAGCGUCAUCGAGGUCUGCUACAGCGUCAUCAAGGUCUGCUACAGCAUCAUCGAGGUGUGCUACAGCGUUAUCGUUAUCUGCUGCAUCGUCAUCGAGGUGUGCUACAGCGUCAUCAAGGUCUGCUACAGCGUCAUCGAGGUCUGCUACAGCGUCUUGGAGGUCUGCUACAGCUUCAUGGAGGUCUGCUAAAGCAUCAUCGAGGUCUGCUACAGCGUCAUGGAGGUCUGCUUCAGCGUCAUGGAGGUUUGCUACAGCAUCUUGGAGAUCUGCUACAGCGUCAUCGAGGUCUGCUACAGCGUCAUCGAGGUCUGCUACAGCGUCAUGGAGAUCUGCUACAGCUUCAUGGAGGUCUGCUACAGCUUCAUGGAGGUCUGCUACAGUGUCAUCAAAAUCUGCCGCAGAGUCAUCGAAGAGACCAUCCACACGUGAUGCUGGCUUCCGUUGCUCGUCACACUGACGUGCAUCAAACUGGACAGUGGACAAGUGCAACACACUAUCGCUAUUGCAACCAAGGACUGUGAUGCAGUGGGCAUCGGCAUCCAGCUGGGGAUCGGACACAGAGCAGAGUUGCGGACAUGCAAGCCCAGUGCACACGUGCUGCGUGGAGGAGACAAACUUCACUUUGGUUGCCCUUCAUGGAGCGUUGGAAGAACGUGCAUCGGACUGAACUGUUGGCCACUGUAAUGCAUGCCAUUGCUGCUGCAAACAUCUACAGUGAUGCAGUGGACAUCAACAAUCAACUUUUAAUUUUUCAUGUGUCUGAAAAAAUAUUUUUUCCGAGUGUGCUGCUUGUUUGCCGCUUGUUGCCGCUAUCUUGGUUGUUGUGUGUGGAUCAUGGUCGUCGUUAUGUCAUAGCAGUGGGCUUGUGCACGUGUGUGUGAUGAGGAGAUGCUCCCCGCAUGAAACUAACGGUUGCCAGCAUGACUGCUUGUACCCCAUGGCCUUACAAGGAGCGCAACAUGUAUUCUUCCCCUAUUGUCAACCACUCAGCAGUUUACAGAUUGUUGAAUUCUAAUGCCAGGAGAGCUGGGUGAUUGGAUGUGACAUCGUUGCUUGUAACGUGCAGUGUACCAUGCUUCUGUGGCAUUAUACUGUGCAGGGCCUCGGGGGCCUUCCUGCCGCUUGAAACGUACACCCCAUGCUACUGUCAUAUUCGAUUAGUUGUUCAGUAUAAUUCUAUUGUUAGCAGUAAGGUGAGUGUGUGUGUGUGUGUGUGUGUGUG